GCACGAACGGGAGCCGUGCAGGGAUGGAGGGAGCGGGGCGGCGGCGGGGAUUUGGGGAGGGAUCGCAGGGUUCGGAACGCGCGGACCCGAUCGGUCCGUGAGGUGCGCAGGCAGCGCGCGGCGUCGCCGGGACGGAGCGAGCGGAGCCGGGAGUCCAAGCGGAACGGCAGCUGCGGGGCGGCCCCGGCGGCGUCCGGCUUCCGCUUCCUCCCGCCGGGAGCCGCGGCGACGGCGCUGCGACACCGCCGGGCCCGGCCCUGCGGCCCCGCGGCGUUCGGGCGAUGCCGCCCCCUGCGAAGCCCCAGCGAAGCCUCGCUUGCGAGCGGCCGCGGUGAACGGGGCAGCGGAGCUCCGGGCCUUCUGUAGGAUUUUUUGUUUCUUCCACACAGGUGUGAAAAAAUGGCAAAGAGAAUUGCAGAAAAGGAGCUGACUGACCGAAACUGGGACCAGGAGGAUGAAGCUGAAGAGGUGGGAACAUUCUCUGUGGCAAGUGAAGAGGUCCUGAAGAACAGAGCUAUUAAAAAAGCAAAGCGCCGAAACGUUGGGUCAGAGUCUGAAAGUGGAGGAGCUUUUAAGGGGUUUAAAGGCUUUGUAUUGCCUUCUGGAAAAGGAGGAGGUGGCUUCAGUGGAUUUGGGAAUGGUGCAGGAAUAAAGCCUUUGGAAGGGCUGUCCAAUGGAAGCAGCAGUGUCUCCAGUACUCCUCCUUUCAGCAGUUUGAAGAGCACCUCUGAAACACAAUCAGCAUUUGCAUCCCCAGUGUCAAAUGGUCCCAGCGCUGCGGCGUUUGCGGAGAAGAAGGCUGCCAGCCCGGCCGCCAACGGCGGCAGCCAGCCCUGCCCCUCCUCGGGCGGCGCCCCGAGCGCGGGCGCCUACCACAAGCAGCUGGCUGCUCUCAACCGCUCCGUGCGGGACUGGAUCGUGAAGCACGUGAACAGCAACCCCCUGUGCGACCUGAGCCCCAUCUUCAGGGACUACGAGCGCUAUUUGGCCAGCAUUGAGCAGCAGCACGGAGGCAGCAGCGACAGCGGCUCCGAGAACGAAGGCGCCAAGACCCCCGGCCCGCGGGCCGCUCCCGCGUUCGGCGGCUCAAAGAUCCAGCAAGGCUCCGCGUUUCUGUUCAACAGCAAAACUGAGGAUACCUCGGACAAAAAACCUGAAGCUGCGUCGGAAAAAAGAGACCCGUUGUUAGGAGCUACGUCAACUGUCUCGUUUAAUUUUGGCAAGAGUGUUGACAGUUCUGUUUUGUGUUCCCUUGGUUCAGGAACGCUUAGUAGUUUCUCAUUUUCUCCUGGGAAUUCAGGUUUGUUUGGAAAAGAUGCAAACCAGGCCAAAUCUGUCACUGCGGCGUCCGCCAGUUUAUUGGAAGCUCAAACAGACAGUGGCAAUACUGAUGACAAAGGAGGGGAAGAGGAGGAAGAAGAGCCACCAAAAGUUAUUGUUAAUGAAAUAAAAGAAGAUGAUGCUUUCUACUCAAAGAAGUGCAAAUUGUUCUACAAAAAGGAUAAUGAAUUUAAAGAAAAAGGUGUAGGAACAUUACAUUUAAAACCAGCAGGAAAUGAAAAAACUCAACUCUUAGUACGAGCAGAUACCAAUUUAGGAAAUAUUCUGUUGAAUGUUCUAAUUCCACCUAAGAUGCCGUGUUCAAGAACCGGAAAAAACAAUGUUCUUAUAGUUUGUGUUCCUAAUCCACCCAUCGAUGAGAAGAAUCCAGCUGUUCCUGUCACUAUGCUAAUAAGAGUGAAAACAAGUGAGGAUGCAGAUGAGUUGCACAAAAUCUUACUGGAGAAAAAGGAGGCUUAAAUAAGUUGCAGUCCAUGAUUUGAGGAAUUAUUGCCAAACUGCUGCUGCUCUUUUUUUCUUCCAUAACUUCAUUUGAACAUUUAAUUCUUUACUCUGAUAUUAAGAACUGUUAUAGGAAUUCUGGAAAAAUGAUGUGAGGAAAAGCUAAACUAGCUAAUAAAAGCUUUAAUAGAACACAAGUGUUGGACUGUGCUCCCUCAUUUUCAGUAUCUAAAUGCAGGACCUCUUCUGGAUAAAGCACAUGGAUGUAAAUCCAAGCAUAUGUUUUUAGCACCAGUCGACCAAAUGGACAGAAAUCUGGGUACAAAAACAUGGUACCAGAGCUUCCUUACAGACUGUAAUACAAUGCAAGCACCUCCUGUUUUGGGAAGGGAGGAUGUUCAAGCUUACCUGUUGUGACUGUUUCUAGACCACAGAUUUUUAAUUGGUCUGUUGUAUUCUGGUGAGAUGACUUUUCAGACCCAGUGAUGAUCUCCAUUGUGCUGGGUCUGUGCCCUUGCAGACCUGUGUGCUUUCAGGACUCAGAGACUGCAGAUAUUUAAAAGAUAAUUUGCUUGUGUAGUCUUGUUGACAGUAGUGGUUCCUGCAGAGGAACUGUCAGUUCUGUUCUUACUGUAGCAACAAGCCAAUGAUGUGCAAUAUAGUACAAGCAGACAACUGGAAGACAGUUUUAUCUUGGACAUACUGGCAUUCUCUGGCUUCUGACAGGUCAGAAGCAAAGGGUUCACAUGCUCCUUCCAAGGUGUUUGUCUCUAGUCCCAAAACCCAGCUGAGGCAGAGCUGGACGUGCUGCAUUGCUCCUGCUGCUGGUACUCUGCUGAAGACAGCUCUUCCCACCAACAAACUUCAGGACUUCUAAAGACCUUUCUGUUGCCUGUUGCCCUUGCCAGGAGACACAUGCACAAGGGUGUGUGUCAGUAUGUAUUUUUCCAUGUGAUAAAAUGCUAUGCUGCACUGCAUUAAGCAAAGCAGCAGAGUGCAGCUUUGCCAGAAGCUUCCUGUUGCAUGUGGGGAGCAUGGGGUAAUUUGUAAACUUAGUUUUCAGCUGUGAUAAAAUUAACCAGGUGGCAAUAAUUUGGAGAUCAGAACAUUCAUUCUGGUCUUGGUUUUGCUCUCAACUUUGUCAGACCAUGUUUGGUAGUUUAAGCCUUUUCUUUUUUUCAAAUGUUUGCUGGAAACUCCUUCCCUAGUAACUUUUUCUACUUUGCUUCCAACUCUGGGACUUCUCCAAGAGCUUGAUGAUAAUAUGAAACUUGAACUGCUCUUAGAUGUGUCACACUGACCAGCUCUGGCAAGAUGGAACAAACAUGCUGUUUUACCUCUGGCUAAUGUGAUACAGAGGAAAAACCCCUUUCCUUAAAAAAAAGUCAGUGUGACAAUUCACACAGGGGACCUGGUAAUCCAGCACAGUGGCAUCCUGUGUGCAGGGAACAAGGAAUAACAGCAUUUGAUGAGGUGCAGCACAUUUCACCUGCACCCCUGCUCUGGGGGGAAGCAGAUGGCUGCCCCUAGGCCUAAUUCACUGCACAAUUCAGGUUAUGGCCUUUUCCCCCCUCUUUGUUAAAAGGAAGAAAAUCUUGAUUUUAGCUAUAGCCCUGUUGACCAAAGUUCCAAAAGAAAAAGGCCUUUACUCACAUUUCAGCCACGCUUAGUGUACAAGAAUUGCAUUUUUAACACUGGAAUGUGAAGAGAGCUUAGAUGCCAUUUGAGAUAUUUGAAAAAUAAACUGGUGCCUUUGGGGGUUUCUUUUUGCAUCUGACUAAGUACUUAAACCACUAAAAGUCAGUGACAUUGCUUUCCUCAAAAUAAGAUGCUUUUUUUUUUUACAAAAAGUCUUGCUGCUACCUAAAUUGGAGGCCCAAAGCUGACAGGGUGUGUCUAAAUGUGUAUGAAUGAAAAACAGAAUGCUGCCUAAGAGUUUAGUCCAGGCUCUGGUCCAAGGGCUCAGUUAAUUUUGCAUUUGUCUUUUGACUGUAGUGUCUUAACCCUGUCUCUGUACACAAAGGUUUAUAGACAGAGCUCUGGUUGUACAUCCCAUAAAGAAAAGCUCUGUUCUAUAAAAGCUUGGCCUUUUCUUUGCUUACUUCUGAAAGCUCAUGGAUUUGGAACCAUUCCUUCAUCCUUAGAAACGUGGACCAACAAACUGAACUUAACACUUCUUUCCUUAUGCUUGCCUCUGAAGAGGGGCAGUUGUUAGGUUUUGCACACAUGGAUGUGGCCCAAUUCUGACAGUAACCUCUGCCCUGUUUCCAACAGAGUGAAUGGAAAAAUAAGUAGAUUUACACAAUAAGGUGUUGGAAAGAAUGAAACCUUACCCUAGCCAUCGUAGCAAGUAACACCUGAAUUCUUCUGUGCAUGUAUUUAAUCAGUAAAGCCAGGUAAAAAAAAUUGAUAUGUCACCUUCAUUAGAAUGUCAAAUAUGUGCAUAAACAUAAAAUUUUGAACAUUUUACUUGGGAAAAAUUGCCUCUAAAAGGACAGGGAAGAAUUUCCCUGCAAAGCAGAUUUUAAUCAACAUCAGUUCAUGGUGACCAUACCAUUAUGUGGACUAUGAAGCAGGAAAAGAUAGUCUUACACUGACAAACUUGGUGCUCAGGUAUAAAGCACAGCCUUUUCCAGCACUUUAGAAAUUUUUGAUGAUGCUUCAGUUUCUAUUUAAUGAGUACUAAAAUACAGAAAUGCUGUAAAAGGCCAGAGAUUGUUAAACAGAAAUAAAGGCCUUAAAUGAAAAAGCAAAUUUCAUGGAGACCACAGACAUCAGUGUACUACUGCCUUCAUAACAAACUGCACAUGCUAUCCAAGGAAAGAAUUUUGAUCAGAAUUCCAACUCAAGGAGGCAUUCCUAUGUCUUGGUUGGUAAUGUAUUUAACAGCUGGAUAUCAGAUACCUGAUAUUAAAGAUGCAAUUUCUGUCCCAAUUUGCAUUAAUG